CUGCUGUACACCGGUAGGGAAACAGAAGAAAGGAUGACCCAGAUAGGAAGAACGAAUGUGGAGGAACAAAGGGCGCUGAGAAAGUUCUACUACAUCACUCUGCUGAGGGACCCAGUGUCUCGAUACCUCAGUGAGUGGCGGCACGUGCAGCGGGGAGCCACAUGGAAAACCUCCCUGCACAUGUGCGACGGACGAACCCCCACGCCUGAGGAGCUGCCCUCAUGCUACGAGGGCUCCGACUGGUCGGGGUGCACCCUUCAGCAGUUCAUGGACUGUCCCUACAACCUGGCCAACAACAGACAGGUUCGUAUGUUAGCAGACCUGAGCCUUGUAGGCUGCUACAACAUGUCCACGGUUCCAGAGAAAAAGAGGGCCCAACUUCUGCUGGAGUCGGCCAAGAAGAACCUACGAGACAUGGCCUUCUUUGGUCUGACAGAGUACCAGAGGAAAACCCAGUUCCUGUUUGAACGAACCUUCAGGUUGCGCUUCAUAAGGCCUUUCAUGCAGUACAACAGCACCCGCGCUGCAGGGGUGGACUUGGACAACGCUACGAUCCAGCGCAUAGAGGAGCUAAAUGAGCUGGACAUGGAGCUUUACGACUACGCCAGGGACCUGUUCCAGCAGCGCUACCAGUACACCAGGCAGCAGGAGAGGCGGCAGCAGCGCAUCAAGAACCACAUGCAGCAGAGCCACCAAGGCCUGGGCCUGGGCGUCAACCUGUGGCCCUCACACAGCCGGCAGAGCUCAGUGUCGACACUGGAGGACGGGGAAGGGGAUAGGGAGGAGCGGGAUGAGGGCGAGGAGGGAGGCAGAACGGAGGAGGCGGGCAGCAGGCUCCCCACAGAGGACUACAUGAACCAGAUCAUCAACCGCUGGGUCCCAGGCCUGCAGAGAAUCAGCAGCCAAUUACAGAGCCGAAUCUCACAUAGGUGAAGAAAUCAAAGGCAGGGAGAGCCGUGAGCUCGCUGCAGGUUGUUGCCAGGAACCGUGCUGUGUGAGCGGCAAGCGCUUUGGAAGCCUUAACUUAGACAAAUGCUUUGAGAUGGGAGUUGGGGAACUACUGAUCACCAUGGCAAUGGGAGCCCUUAAUGUAGUGGGUGGCAUUUUCAGUUUCUUGUUGGGUUUUUUUUUUGUUUGUUUUUUUUCAGACCAAGAGCUGCUUUGUAAAAGCAUCGGUCUCAAACAAGCCUCCUUCCCACCUGCUGAAAGGGCACACAGAGCGCCGGUGACCUGUAGUUCAUUAGCGUGAGCGGUAUUUUAUCCGAACGCACGGGGCGAGGUAGCAGUGCCUCUAUGUACUGGGAUCAUAGUCAACAUAAUUAUUGCCAGAUAUUAUGUCUGCAUUAUACUACAGUAAUUUCUCUGACUACUCGUGUGUCUGUGUGGAUGAGUGUGUUUCUGUGUGUGUAAAUAGUAUGUACAGUAUGCCUUUGAUUGGCGUAUGUGUAUGCCUUUGUAAAUAGUGUGCCUGACUGAGAGAGGAUGCCUGAUGAGUUUUGUGAAUGACUGGUUCCAUGACCAAUUAUCUUGACAUUUUUUUUUUUUGUGUGUGGCGGUGGAGAGCGGGGCAACAAAGUCCCUCCAACAGCGGGUCACAGAAGUGUGACUGUCGUAGUGAUGCAAGCCAAUAAUACUCCCCUCUGCCCUUUACUAUACCAUUUUGUUUCCCCCAGUUCUUGUCUCCUCCCUACGACAUGUUUACGUAUGAGGACUGUAUCCCUAUAAUUAUUUUAAAAUCUGUAUAUUAACAAAUCUGCCUGUGUGACAUGUCUUUACUCUUUACAGCAAAACCUUCAAGUAGGGUUGGGUUUCGAUAGCCAGCUCCAUCAAUUGCAUCAAAUUCUGUGACCCAGUCAAGUUCUUUUGACUUUUGUAUUUUAUUUGUCAUGUGCUUGUGGUUCAAGCUGGGUUUUUUUAUGUGAUAGGUCAAAGAAUUUGGUGCUUAUUAUCCAGAUUUUUGGAACUCCGAUGCUAUUGAAUCUCUUUAUGAACAUUUUAUCUCUUCUUCUGUUCUAUCAACGAAGAGGACUGAUAGAAAACAUUGAUGUAGCUUUCAUCGGUUUAAACAAAAAACAUCAUUGGCCGUAGACCCAUUUGUGUCCUCAGCACUCUCGUAGCGUUCUCGACGCAAAACUUAGGGGAGAAUCUAAAGAAAAAGUCUAAAUAAAAGUUUUUUCUUGUUAUCCAUCAUAUCUUCAAAGGAAAUGUUUGCAACCCCACAGGUUACAGCCGUCUGGCCGGAAAGAUAAAAUGUUUGCCCAUGGCAAAUUUAACAUUUAAAUCUAAUACUUCCACAGAUUGUGGCGGCUACUGGCAUGACCCAAACUGCAAAUAUUGGAUUUAAACACUGGUUUCACCCUGGGUAAACAUUGCAUCAGUCCCAAAAUAACUUGGAGACAACAUGCUACUGGAUAACUAUGGAAAAAAUAACAUUUUGACUUUUCUCCUAGGACUAACAUAGGGAACACAGAGUAACAUACUGAGGUCUCAGAUGUUGGUCUACCAACAGCAGAUUAUAUCGGCUGCAUCCAAUUUGCAACUAAAUUAAACUUUGACUGUUUAUUGCAAGCCGCUUUCUUUACCCGGCCAAAGCUGAUGGGAAAAGAAACAUCACUCUGACAUACCACAAGUAACUGCAAGUGGACUGUGUGGUUUUGUAGUUCAACAAAACCAACAGAGUGCUUUCUCUUCUAGAGAAUUUCAGUUUAACUUUUUUUUUGUAUUCAGUUUUCAAGAUGAUCAACUUAAUAGUUCUGUAUCAGGACUUCCAGCAUUUGGAGUAAGUAAGCUACACCUGUUGCUUCAAUGUGUCAGAUACAUUUAAUCAAAGAGUUUAUAUUUUAUACUGUUCAUCUCAUUUUCAGGUUGUAAACAUUAAAACCUUAAGUGUCUCUGCCGCUUCAGCCAACAAAAGGUGAUUACAGAUCUUUGGGUUUUAGUUGAUUUACAACCUAAGAAGGUUGGAUAAGGGAUUCAAAAGAGAUUCCAAUUCAAUGAGUGAAUUUAAUACUGGCUUCAUAUGCCAUGAAAUGUUAUUUAACCCCAACCCUAUAUACAUGCAAAGAAUCUGAGCAAUAAGAGGGGAAACCAAUGAGAAGGUGGAGCAGAGAAUGUAGAAGUAGGAAGGGAAAAAGACGUGUCACAGCACGAUUUAAUCAAAACUGAAUGUAGUCCAAGUUUGGUGUCAUCCAGCGGGCAAUGGGAGGUUAACUGCUUCCUUGGUAUUAAGAUAAAUAAUGUAUUGCAACCUGUUUUUUUUUUUUAUGUCAGAAGGAAGAGGAAACUAACAAUUUAGCCGCCCACCACCCUCCUUGUUAAAUUUCAACUAAUCACCCUGGAUCCUCCCAUGUCUGUGUCUUUUGAUCAGCUCCUUUCAAAUCAGGGAUGAUUCAUGAAGGGAAGGAGAGAAGAACAAGGGGGGAUGAUGAAAGGUAUUGGGAUACAUCCAGAGUCAAUAUGCUGCUUUUUGUGUAGCCUUCAAAGUAACGCAAAUGGAUAUGGGAAGAGAAAUCUCCCCUUGUUUUGUUUCAUAUUAACUUCCCCUUCAUUGUAUUCUUGAAACUGGAGACUUAAACACUGCAGCUCCAGGCAUUUUGCCCACAACUACUUUUUCAGAGUCAGACUUGCUCUUAUGUUAGCCCCUGUUUGGGCUCCAAACCAAUAUCUGGCUCUGCAUUAGUGGUUAAAGACUGAAUACAAAACUGAUUCUGUGUUUUAUUUUCAGUGUUCCAGUUACAAGUGACUUGAAGCAGAGCUCAAAAAUAAUACUCCCCAUACGUGAACAGUGUAUAAAAGGAAACCUCCUUUCACUGAAAUUAUUCCAGGAAUUGAUGCUGUAAAGCUAUACUCAAAUGUUUUAUGUCUCAUCACUCUGUAUAUCUGAUGUCUUAACAGCGUUUCCUUUGUGACAGUGACGCAACCCAGAUGUCUCUAACAUCAUCCAGUUUAUUUUGUUUGUUAUUUUUUAAAGUAAGUGUGAUAGGGACUUUAUUUUUAUUUUUGGAUUGGUGUGCAGUCUGUCUCUGGCUCCUUAUGUGUGCAUCAUUCUGGGUUUGUUUCUUAUGAUUGCAAAAAUGAAUCAUCAAGCCACCAAUUAAAAUAUUUCAUUUUUACAGA